CCGUCCCCGUCUUCCGCCCUCCCAGCCGCGCUUCCGGCGGUAGGUACUGUCCGUCCCCUCUUCCGCUCUCCGCUGCCAACCGCGCUUCCGGCGAUGGUGCUCUAACACUGAAUAGAGAGAACAAUAACCCUAUCCAACAAGAACUCAUACGUGUAGAAGUUGUUUUCUGUUGUCGUUAAAAGACACACACUUUCAGCGCCACAUGAGGGAUCAUGAGCAAAAUGACAAGCCUCAUCGAUGUGACCAGUGUCCAAUGUCAUUUAAUGUUGAAUUCAACCUCACACUGCAUAAAUGCACCCACAAUGGAGAAGAUCCUACUUGUCCUGUAUGCAACAAAAAAUUUUCCAGAGUGGCAAGUCUUAAAGCCCAUAUUAUGCUUCAUGAAAAGGAAGAGAAUCUUAUCUGUUCAGAAUGUGGUGAUGAAUUUACUUUGCAUAGCCAGUUGGUGCUGCAUAUGGAAGAACACCGUCAAGAGUUGUCUGGAAGCAAAACCCAUACCUGUAAAACCUGUAAGAAAGAGGUUGAAACUUCGUCCCAGCUAAGGGAGCAUAUGAAAACACAUUACAAAAUAAGGGUAUCAAAUACAAGGUCAUACAACAGAAAUAUUGACAGAAGUGGGUUUACAUAUUCUUGUCCACAUUGCGGAAAGACUUUUCAGAAACCUAGCCAAUUAACACGACACGUACGAAUACACACAGGCGAAAGGCCAUUUAAAUGUAGUGAAUGUGGAAAAGCAUUUAAUCAGAAGGGAGCUUUACAAACCCAUAUGAUUAAACACACUGGUGAAAAACCCCAUGCCUGUGCCUUUUGCCCCGCAGCCUUUUCACAGAAAGGCAAUCUUCAGUCACAUGUUCAGAGAGUACAUUCAGAAGUGAAGAAUGGUCCUACAUAUAACUGUACAGAGUGCAGUUGCAUCUUCAAAAGCUUAGGCAGCUUAAAUACUCAUAUCAGCAAGAUGCAUAUGAGUAGCACACAGAACAUCGCAAGCUCUGCCACAGAAACAUCAACGGAUAGUGUGGCUCAGCCUCUGACAUUAUCAACAGUUAAUUUGCUUCAGCCUGUUGAUAAUAAAUGGAAGAAUACAGAAAAUCCAGUAACCUCAGUUUCAGGACAUCAAGGUCAGCAGUCCGUCACUGAUGUUAUUCAACAGCUUCUUGAAUUGUCAGAGCCAGUGGAAAAUAAUCAGUCCCAGCCUCCUAGUCAACAACUCAGUAUGGCUGUGAGCAUCAACAGAGAUAUUUUACAGCAAGCCUUGGAAAAUAGCGGACUCUCUUCAAUCCCCGUUUCAGCGAAUGCUGACAGGAGUGAAAGUAAGACUUCUCCAACUCAGGAUGAAAAUGCAGUUGCUCAGAAUCUAUCAAACCAUCAGAUCGUCUCUGGUAACACAGAACGUGUUAAGGAGCAAGAAAAUCCAGAUAAAGUGGAUAAAAAAGAGAAAAGGAUUCUGAAGAAAAAGUCUCAAUUUUUACCUGGUAAUAGUUCCAUACGUGAAGAGAAUGGAAUACGGUGGCACAUUUGCCCAUACUGCAAUAAAGAAUUUAAAAAACCCAGUGAUUUGGUCCGGCACAUUCGUAUUCACACACAUGAGAAGCCAUUUAAAUGUCCGCAGUGUUUCAGGGCUUUUGCUGUGAAGAGCACCCUCACCGCACACAUAAAAACACACACCGGUAUUAAGGCUUUCAAGUGUCAGUACUGUAUGAAGUGCUUUUCUACCUCAGGAAGUUUAAAAGUGCAUAUUCGGUUACAUACAGGAAUUAGGCCUUUUGCUUGCCCACACUGUGAUAAAAAGUUCCGAACUUCAGGUCACAGAAAGACGCACAUUGCCUCUCACUUUAAACACACCGAACUAAGAAAAAUGAGACAUCAGCGUAAACCUGCAAAAAUCCGAAUAGGGAAGACCAGUGUUCCAGUACCUGAUAUUCCUUUACAAGAACCUAUCCUCAUUACUGAUUUAGGUCUUAUCCAGCCAAUCUCAAGGAAUAGCCAGUUCUUCCAAAAUUAUUUCAAUAACAAUUUUGUGAAUGAAGCAGACAGGCCAUACAAAUGUUAUUACUGUCACAGAGCUUACAAAAAAUCGUGCCAUCUUAAGCAACAUAUCCGAUCACAUACUGGUGAGAAACCAUUCAAAUGUUCCCAGUGUGGAAGAGGCUUUGUGUCUGCUGGAGUACUGAAAGCUCAUAUUCGAACCCACACUGGAUUGAAAGCUUUUAAGUGUCUCAUAUGCAAUGGUGCUUUCACAACUGGUGGGAGUCUGCGGAGGCAUAUGGGUAUCCAUAAUGACCUUCGACCGUAUAUGUGUCCAUAUUGUCAAAAAACCUUCAAAACCUCAUUAAACUGCAAAAAACACAUGAAAACACACAGGUAUGAGCUUGCACAACAGCUGCAGCAGCAUCAGCAGGCUGCUUCAAUUGAUGAUACAACAGUAGAUCAACAGAGCAUUCAUGUUUCCACUCAGAUGCAAGUGGAGAUUGAAAGUGAAGACCUACAACAAGAUGAAGGAGCCACAACAGACCAAGAAGCUAUUUUAGACCUAGACCAGCAACAAGUUGUAGACACAGAAGAACCUGAACUGAGGCCACAACUGGCUGACCAACCAUUAGGUCAAGAUGAAGACAGAUUUGUGACAUCCCAGCAUACGCUCCAAGAGAAUAUAAAUCAGUUUGAACAGCAAACAAUAGCACAGCAGUCAUUUGAUCAGCAAGUUUUAUCGCAAGGUUUUACAGUUAAUGAUGGCUACAGCCAGACAAAUCAGUUUCCUGCAGUACAGCAGCUCCAGGAUUCAAGCACACUUGAAUCCCAAGCUCUGUCAACAAGUUACCAUCAACCAAAUCUUCUUCAGGUUCCUGCACCAGAUGCCAUUAAUGUAACUACCCGCCUAAUUCAUGACCAGUCCAAUGACCUUGAGUUGCAUACUGAACGCUCCCAGUUUCUGGAAGACAAUGAAGAUCAAAGCAAGCGUUCUUACAGGUGUGAGUAUUGUAAUAAGGGUUUCAAGAAAUCCAGCCACUUGAAGCAGCAUGUACGAUCGCACACUGGGGAGAAGCCUUAUAAAUGCCAAUUGUGUGGCCGAGGAUUCGUGUCUUCUGGAGUUCUUAAAUCUCACGAGAAGACACAUACAGGAGUUAAAGCAUUUAGUUGUAGCAUUUGCAACACAUAUUUCACUACGAAUGGAAGUCUUACUAGACACAUGGCAACACAUAUGAGCGUCAAACCAUACAAGUGCCCAUUUUGUGAUGAAAGUUUCAGAACGACAGUUCACUGCAAGAAGCACAUGAAAAAGCAUCAAACUGCGUCUUCAUCAGCAACUUCAGCUGGAGAAUCGGCAGGAGGAGAAGAAGAAGAUGAAAACUCUGAAAGGUCUGCUUCUAGAAAAUCUAGGCCUGGUGUCAUCACUUUCACAGAGGAAGAAACAGCUGAACUUGCAAAAAUCAGACCUCAAGAAAGUGCAACUGUCUCAGAAAAGGUUCUUGUCCAGUCUGCUGCAGAAAAAGACCGAAUUAGUGAAAUCAAAGACAAACAAGCAGAAAUGGAAGCUGAGCCAAAGUAUGCCAAUUGCUGUACUUAUUGCCCCAAAAGCUUUAAAAAACCUAGUGACUUAGUAAGGCAUGUGCGUAUCCACACAGGAGAAAAACCUUUCAAAUGUGAUGAAUGUGGAAAGAGUUUUACUGUAAAAUCCACUCUCGAUUGUCAUGUAAAAACACACACGGGUCAGAAACUCUUCAGUUGCCAUGUAUGCAGCAAUUCAUUUUCUACAAAAGGUAGCCUGAAAGUACAUAUGCGCCUACAUACUGGAGCAAAACCAUUCAAAUGUCCUCACUGUGACUUAAGGUUUCGAACUUCUGGACGCAGGAAGACACAUAUACAAUGCCAUUUUAAACCAGAGGCCAAGAAGGUCAGGAAGUCUGUGUCUCGUACACCAACUGAGGGACUGCAGCCAGUAAAUCUUCUGAAUUCAUCCUCAGCUGACCCUAAUGUUUUCAUCAUGAAUAACUCUGUUCUGACAGGCCAGUUUGAUCAGAAUUUGCUUCAGCAAGGUCUUGUUGGUCAGGCUAUUCUUCCUGCUUCUAUGUCAGCUGGAGGCGAUUUAACUGUAUCCUUAACAGAUGGUAGUUUGGCAACUCUUGAAGGAAUACAGUUACAGCUUGCUGCCAAUUUGGUUGGACCAAAUGUUCAAAUUUCUGGAAUAGAUCCUUCCACCAUUAACAACAUUACGUUACAGAUCGAUCCCAGUCUUUUACAGCAAACAUUGCAACAGGGUAAUGUACUUGCCCAGCAGCUAACUGGGGAUCCCAGUUUGGCCUCUCAGAACACCUCCCUCCAAACAGUAGACAGUUCUGUGCCUGCAAAUGUGGUCAUACAACCUUUGUCAGGCCUAUCCUUACAGCCUACUGUUACCUCUUCAUCUAAUAUGACAAUAGGAUCUAUGUCUGAGCAGGAAUCUGUAUUGACUACUAGUGCUGCUGGAUCACAGGAUCUUUCGCAAGUCAUGACUUCACAGGGUAUGGUAUCAACCUCAAAUGGUCAGCAUGAGAUUACACUGACAAUAAAUAAUUCAAGCUUGAGUCAGGUUUUAGCUCAUGCCUCUAGUUCAACAACUUCAAAUUCAUCAGGAACACCCCAAGAAAUUACUCUUACCAUAUCUGGGCAAGACCUUAUUCAACAUAAUUCUUCUGGAAGUAAUGAACUAAAUGGGAAUUUGCGAUUGGCAGCACCAACUAUCAGUACUCGGUCAACAGGUACUACAUUAACUAUAAGUAAUGAUCAUCUGCUCUCUCAAAGCCCAACACUGAACAGUACUUCAGAGCUUAAUACUUCAAGUGGGAACCUUCCUUCAACGCCACCCCUAUCACAGCCUCCUCAGAAUUUAGUAAUGUCAUCACCAGGAGUAGCAGGAGAUGGUAGUGUCACAUUGACUUUGGCUGAAACGCAGAGUAUGUUAUCUGCUGGUCUUGAUGCCGUAACACUUAACAUCACAUCACAGGGCCAGCAAUUCCCUGCUUUACUCACAGACUCUAGUCUUUCUGGACAGAACAGUUCCAGCUCACAGCAAGUUAUACUAGUGAGUCAUACUCCGCAUUCAAUAACUGGAAAUCAGGAUGAAUUAGCAUAUCAGGUGAGUGAGGUUUCUCCAAAAAAAGAGGCCCCCGUGCAUCAAUGUUUUGAAUGUAACCAAACAUUUUCUUCAGCUGCAAUGCUAUUGCAACAUAGCAAAGAGGUCCAUGGAAAGGAAAGAAUCCAUGUUUGUCAUAUUUGUAAUAAAGCAUUCAAGCGAGCAACACACCUUAAGGAACAUAUGCUGACGCAUCAGGCUGGACCAUCAGUAAGUUCCCAAAAGCCAAGAGUAUUUAAAUGUGAUACCUGUGAAAAAGCCUUUGCUAAGCCAAGUCAACUGGAAAGACAUAGCCGUAUUCACACAGGUGAACGACCAUUCCAAUGUGCACUGUGUGAAAAAGCUUUUAACCAGAAGAGUGCACUGCAAGUUCACAUGAAAAAACACACAGGAGAAAGACCAUACAAAUGUGAUUAUUGUGCAAUGGGAUUCACACAGAAAAGCAAUAUGAAGCUUCAUAUGAGGCGAGCCCACAGCUAUUCUGGCACGGUACAAGAAUCCAUCAGCCACGAGGGACAGGACAAUGAAGACAUUAAUCGUACACUGAAGUUGGAAGAAGUUGUCCAAGAAUCUUCAAAUGAAUGGCAGAGCAUAACCAAUAUUUUUUGAUGAUUACUAAUGUGAAAGCUUGAAAUGCUUUCAGGACUAGAUUUUUUUCUACAAAUAGAUAUCUGUGCAUUUUUACAAUUAAAACAUAACAUUUAAAAUAAUAAGACAAUAUAGCUUUUUAAAUAUUACAGAAACACCGAAAGAACAAAUAUUUUGUAAGCUUGUACAGUAUUGUAGAAACACCAGAUAACCUUUACUAUAUUGUCUAUGAUCAAUAAUCUCAGGUACAUUGAAGUUGUUCAUGUUUUGAAUCCAGCAUAAGUGUAUGCACUUAAAAAAAAACCAACCCAAAUACACCCAGCUAUUCAUAUCAGUGAAGUGUGAUUAGAUGGUAGGCCACGUGGAAGUUCUACCAAUCAUGAGGGAUAUCUUAGCCUUUUGAAAUAUCUCAACAUUUACUAGAUGAAGUGCAGAAUUAAGGUUGUAAGGCACACAAUAGCCAGCAUCCAAAAUGUUUACUACAUUCAUAGAAUCUUCUUCCAUAAGUGGAACCAGAGAAAGUCCUCCCAUACUCUUUUGGCCUACACCCAAUGCCCUAUAAAUCUGCUCUGGAAGAGAUUUGUUCAUUGGGGAGGCCCUUUAUUCCCAGAAUACAGCUGCUAUUGCAAACAUCACAUUGGAUUUAGACUGGUUUUUGGCAUUGGUGUUGCUGACAUGUCAAACAGAUGGAAAAAUAUUCAUUAUGUUGAGUGACUGUUACUAGUUAUAAUGGCUCACUUCAUGUUCAGCUUCAAAUUCAGCAAUAAUUAUUCAAACAAAAAAUGGCUAACAGCAACAGAUGUUCCUUUUUCUGAACAGCAGAUACAUAUAUCUGUAUAGGUCAUAUAGUUAACACACUUCAACCAGAUAUCUAUAAGAACCAUAAGCCAUAUAGAAAAGUUGUUAGGACUUACAAAACUUUGUGUUGGAUUGAUCACAAAUAGACCAAGCUGCACCACAAAUUGUAUCAGCUCCCAUAGGUUGGUCUCUCUUGAAGAAAGCCCCAAAUUAAUAAAAUCUCAUAUUUGAUUGUCAUUCAACCCAAGAGAUUUUAAUUUUUUUUUAAAAAACUACCUAGGCUUUUUAGGAUUAUUCUGAAAAGUCCUUUCUCCUCAGAAGUUAUAUUCAUAUCAGAAAGGAAACCUGCACUGGAAUAAAGCAUAUGUUCUGUUUUACACAUUCCAAAGACAGAAGAAUCUUGCUUGAUUUUACUUUGAUUUAAGAAAUAUUUAUAUGUUAUAUAUAUGUGUGUAUGUAUAUAUACAAAUAUUUAAGCCUCUGUGUGGCUGACGAGUAUAUUUUGUAAAUAAUAAUCUGGGUUACAGGAAGCGUUCCAAAAGUUUUCAACUUUAGAUGAAUGCUUCAAAAUCAGUAUUGAUUCAUUUUAUUGUAAUGUAGACAUGUUACAACUUUCUGAAAAUAAUUGCUUUUUAUUUUCCCCCAUUUCCCGAAAAAAGCUAUAUGUACAUAUAAUUUAUAUUUUGUGUAUUAUAAAACUAGUAAUUUCUAUUUCCUGAAGGGGAAAAAUCACUGCUUUUGAUAGGACAUCUCAUAAUUGUUUUGUUAAUUAUGGACAUAUGUAUAUAAGUAAUAUAGCUGAUGACUUGAAAAUGACACUUUUGUUAUGUGGAAAUAUUUAAGUCAGACAUAUGUUAAAUAAUAUUAAUUUUUUUCCAAA